UAGUGACAUUGUAUAUGUGUGUGUGUGUGUGUGUGUGUGUGUGUGUGUGUGUGUGUGUGUGUGUGUGUGUGUGUGUGUGAUCUCCCAGUAGACUCAGUUUGAAGAGUACAUAUGUUAGAAAAUCCUUUAACACAUUGAUGAUCUCCUGCUCUCUGAUUGGCUGAUGGUGUGUUGGAUUCAAAGACCUCAAUGAAAGAAAUGAGUUACAGAAGCUUCCAGAAAAAACCCACUGUAUUUACUUGACAUGGCCGAGCCAUGACUGUGGGACACGUGUGUAAGGGAAAGACAUUUCAUUGAGUAGAUGAGAUAUGAUACCAGAGCUGAGACUGAACACACACUUCCAGACUGUGUUCAUGUAUAAAGUGAUUUCAGCACACAGGACACACGUGCAGCUCAAACAGUGAGACAACAUGACACAUGUGGCAGGAAGUGCUCUUUCAAAAUAAAAGCCUCAGAGUUUACACAUUUCAUAUUUUUAAAGACACAGUUUGUUCUGAAAUAUCUGAAGCAUCAUCUGAUUCUGGAAACAUCUGGAAAACAUCUGCACACGCUCAGUCUGACCUUAGCCCACCCCGAGACAGGCUGUGUGUGUGUGUGUUGUACUUUCACAGGCAUCUUCUUCAUCCUCUCUGCCCUCUAAGUGUAUCACAGUACACUACAUGUGUUCAGAACUGCCCUCAGGAGACCUGUGGGUGUUUAUGAAGCUGCAACAUCACCCAGACACCUGAUGGUGUGCGUGUGUGUGUGUGUGUGUGUUUGUGUGUGCGUGUGUGUGUUUGUGUGUGUGUUUGUGUGUGCGUGUGUGUGCGUGUGUGUGUGUGUGUGUGUGUGUGUGUGUGUGUGUGUGUGUGUGUGUGUGUGUGUGUGUGUGUGUGUGUGUAACAGGAACUGGUGUGCGUUCGUGGUGACUAAGACGGUGAGCUGUGUGGUGGAGGACGGAGUGGAGACCUACGUGAAGCCAGAGUAUCAUCCCUGUGGGUGGGGGGGGCAGUGCAGCAGGGCAGUGCUGUACCGUACCUUCAUGAGGCCGCGGUACAAAGUCGCCUACAAGAUGGCCACGGCACUGGAGUGGAAGUGUUGCCAUGGUUACAGUGGGUUGGACUGUGGCGAGGGUCCGGGAUCAGGACCGUCACCGGGCGGGGGGGCGGGAUCUAAAUCCAGACCCACCGGAGGACACGCUGGUCGGGUAGAGGAUGAGAGGAUGAGACAGCUCGAGGAGAGGAUCCAGAGUCUGAACAAAAACCUGCAGGACCUCCAGGCCAGCCUGAACACCGGAGGAGGUUCUUCUUCAGGAGGUUCUUCUUCAGGAGGUUCCUCUUCAGGAGGUUCUUCUUCAGGAGGUUCUUCUUCAGGAGGUUCCUCUUCAGGAGGUUCUUCUUCAGGAGGUUCCUCUUCAGGAGGUUCUUCUUCAGGAGGUUCCUCUUCAGGAGGUCCUUCUUCAGGAGGUUCCUCUUCAGGAGGUUCUUCUUCAGGAGGUCCUUCUUCAGGAGAUCCUUCUUCAGGAGGUUCCUCUUCAGGAGGUUCUUCUUCAGGAGGUCCUUCUUCAGGAGGUUCCUCUUCAGGAGGUUCCACUUCAGGAGGUUCUUCUUCAGGAGGUCCUUCUUCAGGAGGUUCCUCUUCAGGAGGUCCUUCUUCAGGAGGUCCUUCUUCAGGAGGUCCUUCUUCAGGAGGUUCCUCUUCAGGAGGUUCUUCUUCAGGAGGUUCCUCUUCAGGAGGUUCUUCUUCAGGAGGUUCUUCUUCAGGCGGGAGGAACCCGGCGGAUGCCGCUCAGCCGGAGAUUAAAGAGACCAUCCACAGCAUCCAGACCAAACUGGACCAGCUGGACAACCGCACACAGGCUCAUGAUAAAACGCUGGUCAGCAUCAACAACCACCUGGUGAACGGGAAGGGAGACGAGCUGGGGGCCGGUCCGUCCGGAGGGGGUCUGAGCGGGUGGAAGAUGGACUCCCUGAAAGCAGAGAUCCUCCAGGAGCUGGAGAGGAGGGUUUCGCUGUCCUGCUCCUCCUGUCAGGCCGGUGUGGAGGAUCUGCGCCGACAGCAGAGGGAGGGCCGCGAGCGCAUCGCAGCUCUGGAGAAGAAGCUCAGUGACACGGACUCUCGGUACCGCCAGAACCUGGACGGGCUGCAACGCGAAGUGGUGCGACUGCGGGGGUGCUGCGACACCAUGAACCACCUCCGAGACCGGGUCUCUGACGCUGAGCGGAAGAUCAGUUCGGCCUCCGAGAACCUGGACCUUCUACAGACCAGGCUGGACAAGGACCUCAGCAGGGGGGGAGGCAACACUGUGGACGGCGGAAGCAGAAGAUCAGGGGAAGGCGGGGGAUCAGGGGUUGGGGACCGGGGGGUAGUUGUGACGGAGGGUCGACUGGACCACCGGCUGAAGGACCUGGAGCGGUGGGUCAACAGCACCGUGCAGAGGACUGAUAACCUGGACAACCACCUGAAGGAAUACUUCCACAGAGAACUCGGAGACCUGAGGACCGUGUUCCUUGACCGGUUUGAUGACCAGGCCUUCAGGGUCUCAGACGUGGAGCUGGAUGUGGGGCUGCAGAAGGACCAGCUGAGCCACCAAGACCAGAGGCUGAGGAACCUGGAGAACAUCAUGAACACCACGACCCGGAGGCUGGAGGACUGCAGCUGUGGAGGAUCUAGAGGAGAAGGAGGAGGAGGAUCUACAGGAGGAGGACUAUCUGGGACAGGAGGAGGAUCCACAGGAGGAGGAUCUACAGGAGGAGGACUAUCUGGGACAGGAGGUGGAUCUACAGGAGGAGGAUCCACAGGAAGAGGAUCUACAGGAGGAGGACUAUCUGGGACAGGAGGAGGAUCCACAGGAGGAGGAUCUACAGGAGGAGGACUAUCUGGGACAGGAGGUGGAUCUACAGGAGGAGGAUCCACAGGAGGAGGAAGGACCACAGAGAAGUCUUUGGAGUGGAGAGUCGUCGCCAACGAGGAUCAGAUCCGACACUUCAACACAGAACUCAAAGACCUGUCGGUGUCUGGAGACUCUCUGCAGAACAAGGUUGUGGACCUGACCCAUGAUGUUCAUCAGAUCAAGGCUCUGACCGGGGAUCACGGCGAGAACUUCAACCGCAUCGUGACGGAGGUGGAGAUGCUGGGCCACGACUGCGUGCUGUGCGGGAAGGUGGAGGAUGAGCUGCGACGACUGAAGAACCAUUCCCAGGAUGCACUGGGGCUUAUGCAGAUCCACAUCAACAGACUGCAGACCCGGCUGGACUCCGGCAGAGAAGGAUGCUCCCAGAUGUGUUCACAACUGGAGGACGAUGUCCGGAUGCUGUGGGACGACGUCAGGAGGUGCAGCUGUCCGGGUACGACCACAGGUGGUGGUUCUGGUGGUUCCGGAGGUUCUGGAGGUUCUGGAGGUUCUGGUGGCUCCAUCAGACCCGGGUUGAGUGCUGAGAAGCCUUUAGAUGGCCACAGUGUGAUCGGAGGCUCGGUCAACAACAACCAGCUGAAGACGCUGCAGGCGGAGCUGACGGAGGCCGUCCUGACCUUCCGCUCCAUCAACGCCUCCCUGAAGGGGCUCCAGCACACGGUGCAGAAGCACGGCAGCGUCCUCACAGACCUCGGAAACACAAAGGACAAGAUCAUCUCCGAGCUGGACAAGAUCCAGCAGGAGGUGAGGGAGCACAUCGAGGAGAGCCAGGUCCGCCUGCAGGGCGCGGAGCAGGACGUCCGGCGGGUCGACAGCACCCUACUGGUGGAAGUGGGCGACUGCAGGAGGUCCGGAGACGGGCUGGAGAAGAGGCUGUCCAAGCUGGAGGGCGUCUGCAGCCGGCUGGACGGCGUCUCCGUGUCCGUCCGGAACAUCAAGGAAGGUCUGAACCGACAUGUCUCCAGCUUGUGGACGUGUGUUUCUGGUCUGAAUGAGUCAGUGGUCCAUCACGGAGGAAUCUUGGACUACAUUCAGAAGAACCAGGAGGAUGUCUACAGCAGGAUGAAGAACCUGAACUCGAGCGUGAACCAGGUCUUCAAGGAGAUGCAGACCUCCUCCGAGCGAGACCUGAAUAGCCUGCCAGGACCCCAAGGAUCCCCAGGACCCUCCGGAGAGAGAGGCUUUAACGGGCUGCCGGGUCCCCGAGGGCCUCUGGGACCUCCAGGACAACCUGGAGAGACAGGGUCUCAUGGACGUCCCGGGGGUGACGCUCACGUUCCCAGACUGGCGUUCUCCGCUGCUCUUACGGUUCCCAUGGAGCGAGCCGGAACCAUCGUCUUUGAUAAGACCUUUGUCAACGAAGGAGAUUUCUACGACCCGAAGACAGGUGUGUUCACGGCCCCCGUAGACGGACACUACUUCUUCAGCGCCGUCUUGACGGGUUAUAAGAACGAGAAGAUUGAGGCGGUUCUGUCCAAGUCCAACUACGGCAUGGCCCGGGUGGACUCAGGAGGCUACCAGCCCGAAGGCCUGGAGAACAACCCAGUGGCCGAGACCAGAACCCCCCCCGGGUCGCUGGCCGUGUUCAGCCUCAUCCUGCCGCUGCAGAGCCAGGACACGGUGUGCGUGGACCUGGUGACGGGGAGGCUGGCCCACUCUGUGGAGCCGCUCACCGUCUUCAGCGGCUCCCUGCUGUACGAGGACCUCGAUCCGGACCGCUGAUCCGGACCUUUGAUGAACUUCUGAUGAUGAUGAGGAGGGGGUGGGCAGAAAGAUGGACGCUUGUCGCCAUCCCCCCCCCAUGCAGACAACUCUGUCUUUAUAGAGACUUUAUUAAGAGAAGAGCAGAUGUUUUAAACAGAGCUGGGGUGUGGGGGGGGGGUCUGAUGUACUCUGUUGGAGGAUGAUGAGGAUGAUGAGGAUGAUGAGGAGGACUGGGAGCUGGACAUAAAGAUGCCCCUACCCCCAGACCACGCUGUCGUAAUAGAGGGAAAAGCAGCUCUUUAUUCCAGCUCCUGUAAACAAACACAUUCCAGUUUGAAGUGCUCUUCAACAGAAUAUACUCCAAGUAUUACAAAGUACUGCAGUACCUGAUGAAAUGAGAAACCUGCAGCGAUGUCACAGUUUUAAACUGAACAGAUAUUUAAUCUGAUGGUAAGAACUGGUUAUUAUGAAUGAUGUAUUCUAUCUCAGUUACUGAAGGACAGAUAUUUAAAGCACAUGUACUUAAGAAACUUUAUUCUGAUACACGUCACUCUUUGUAAGAUUAAUAUCUCACUGUCAUUAAACACGAGUGAACCAC